AUGGCGACUCCGAACAACCUGACUCCCACCAAGUGUAGCUGGUGGCCCAUUUCGGCACUGGAGAGUGAUGCAGGGAAGGCUCCGGAGGCCUCGGAGGGCCAGGAGGCAGCUGACCCCUCCCAGUGGGCCAAGGAGAGCCUGGUUCUCUACCACUGGACUCAGUCCUUCAGCUCCCAGAAGAGAGUGCAGGUACGGCUGGUGAUUGCGGAGAAGGGGCUACCCUGUGAUGAGCGGGAUGUCAGUCUGCCUCUGAGUGAGCCCAAGGAACCAUGGUUCAUGCGCCUGAACCUGGGUGAAGAGGUGCCUGUCAUCAUUCACCGGGACAACAUCAUCAGUGAUUACGACCAGAUCAUUGAUUACGUGGAACGCACUUUCACCGGAGAACAUGUGGCUCAGUUGAUACCUGAGGCUGGAAGCCUGCUUCAUGCCCGGGUACUGCAAUACCGUGAGCUGCUGGAUUCUCUCCCCAUGGACGCCUACACCCACGGUUGCAUCCUUCACCCUGAGCUCACCACUGACUCCAUGAUCCCUAAGUAUGCCACGGCUGAGAUUCGCAGACACUUGGCCAAUGCCAGCACUGACCUAAUGAAAUUGGACCAUGAAGAGGAGCCUCAACUGUCAGAGCCCUACCUUUCCAAACAGAAGAAACUCAUGGCCAAGAUCCUGGAACAUGACAACGUCAACUACCUGAAGAAAAUCCUGGGGGAACUGGCCAUGGUACUGGACCAAAUUGAAGCUGAGCUGGAGAAGAGGAAGCUAGAAUAUGAGGGGCAGAAAUGUGAGCUGUGGCUUUGUGGCUGUGUCUUCACACUGGCUGAUGUCCUCCUCGGGGCCACCUUACACCGCCUCAAAUUCUUGGGACUGUCAAAAAAAUACUGGGAAGAUGGUAGCCGGCCCAACCUGCAGUCAUUCUUUGAGAGGGUCCAGAGACGCUUUGCCUUCCGGAAAGUCCUCGGGGACAUACAUACCACACUACUUUCUGCUGUCAUCCCCAAUGCAUUCCGGCUGGUUAAGCGGAAGCCACCAUCCUUCUUUGGAGCAUCCUUCCUUAUGGGCUCCCUGGGAGGGAUGGGAUACUUUGCUUACUGGUACCUCAAGAAAAAAUACAUCUAG